AUGCCUGACCGCACAAUUACUAUUGGAGGGCUCAUGCGACAGUCUCGUGAAAGCAUGGAAUCACUCAUUGAGCGCGACAUCAACUUCUUCUCCUACAGCGACCCCAAGGCUCGUCUGGCUGCUAUCAAGGAAAUUUUCGCCCCCGGCAUCAUCUGGUCUGACUUCGACGGCAGUACACACUACGGCCAAGAUGGCGUCUUGGACCGUUCUUGUGUUCUUCUGGGCGUGGCAAUCACUCUUGGACUGUUCUUACUGAGAAGGCGAUCGAGUAGUCGACGAACACCUGCACAAGCGACCGUUGAACAUGAUACAAUGAACACUCAUCAUUCAACCCCAGCUGAGGCGGCUUCACCCGACACGACCAGCAGUCCUGACAAGAAACUUGAAGCUCUGCCUUUUGAAGCUUCAUCGCAGAGAGAAGUGGUAGAGUUGCCUGGACGUGAGAUUGGAAUACCGGUAGAUGUGGAGAGGCGGGACCAGAGUUGA